UUUCACUUACACCAAGCUUCCUGCGCGCAUACUUUAAUGCCGUCACCCUGCAUUUGAAGUCAACUCACUCAUACUUCAGGACAAAUUCACCAAUAAUAUGCCUACAGAACUUGAGGAGCUCGUGGGGUUCAUUGCCCACCCCAAUCCCCAGAUCCGGCAAGUUGCUGCUGAGAAUUUGGUGCCAUAUUCUACAACAGAUGUGAGCUUGUUCAAGAUUGAAGAAUUCAAGCCGGUCAAGAACCUGAAGAUAUUAGUGCGGGAUCAUCCAAAAAUAGCAGAACAUAUCAUCAAAAUAUUGGUGAACCUGUCUGCAGACCAAGAAAUACUCGAAAACCUAGCAAAAGAUGAAAAGUUCUUAGAAGCUAUUUUUGCAAGGAUAGUGGAUCCAGAGGAGCCAAAUGCAAACCUGAUAGCCAUGCUGCUGGCCAACCUGGCCAAAUCAGACUCCAUCAAAGAUCCCCUCUUGGCCAAGAAACAGCCUGCGUCUGAAACGCUAGGCUCAGACGACCUUGUCAUCAACCAGCUCUUCGACCUCUUCGUCAAGGGCGCCGACGGGUCCUACAACAAGCACGCCAACUACGACUACCUGGCGUACCUGUUUGCGGACCUGUCCAAGCACGCCGACGUGCGCAGGCAUAUGCUGACGGCACAAAAGUACGACGGCGUCGUGCCCAUCACCAAGCUGCGUGUCUUCACCAACGAGGAGACGACCGCGUCCGACGUGCGCCGUCGUGGCGUCGCCAGCACCAUCAAGAACGUCGCCUUCGACGUCGACUCGCACCCGCGCCUGCUCGACGACGGCGAGAUCAAUGUCCUCCCUUACCUCCUGCUGCCCAUCAUGGGUGACGAGGACUACGACGAGGAGGACAUGCUGGAGAUGCUCCCGGACCUGCAGCUCCUGCCACCCGGCAAGAAGCGUGAGCCUGACUCCAACAUCGUCCAGACUCACCUUGAAACCUUAAGCCUGUUGACCACGACGAGGAAAGGGAGGGAUCUGAUGCGUGAGGUCAAAGUCUACCCCAUCAUACGCGAGACCCAUCUGCGCGUGAACGACGAGGAGGUCCGGGAGGCCUGUGACAGGCUGGUACAGGUUCUAAUGCGUGAGGAGGGCGAGGACGCCAGUGAGGAAGACGAAGAUGACAGGAUUGUGGAAAUAGAAUAGCGGAGAGCGACACGAUAUGAAACUAAAUCUGUAUGUUGAAACCUGUGCUGUGAUGAUUUUCAUAUCGAUGUUGUUUCUAUAAUUCAGUCAUCCGCAAGAACAAAACAUGUGGUGAGGAUACCAGCACCUGUCGACAACGCCAGCUUAGAAAUCCAAAUUUAUCUUGUGCAAACGCUGAAACCUGAAGAAGCCAAAAUACCCCACUGUAUAUACAGAUCCUAUCCAAGAAGAAGUAAAAAGAAAAGAAAAAAGCAAAGGAAAAAUAAAGGGUGCAACAGAAAACGCCGAUUCAUG